CCUGCCGGUUUCUAUGCACGUUCUUUGCGUAUGCUCUGCAGUUAAACACGUUUCUUUCUGUGCCCACGAAAGUUUCGGCAAUGUCGCAAAAAACUGAGGAAAGGACACAAGGCGGGCUGCGCGGCGGUGUGGUGCGGCGUCUCGGGAAGGAAGAGCAGGGCGAAAUUUUUUCGUCCAAUUUUUUCGUCACCCAGCGGACCAGAGGCAGCAAGCUUCAAGAGCGGUAUGGUAUGCAGCAAACGCCCCUUUACGCAGGACAUCGACGGCGACCUCUACAACAUUAACUUCAACCCGGACAUCAUUCGCGAAGCCCUCGCUUUCAAGCCCCGCCCAGGUGACGUCAUUGAGGUGAGCUACCCGUCUUCGGGAACCCGCUGGAUGCAGCACAUGAUACAACUCAUCGUUUACAAAGGCAACAGCGCCAACUCGCACAAUGAUUUCUUGAAAAGGUAUGUGGUGCUCGAGCUUCUCGGCAAGCGAAUGGACUUAGUGAAGUCAACGCCGCGGCUCAUACUGACGCACAUGCGGCCAGGAAAGCUUGCAAUCAUGGCGGAGGCCAAGUACGUUUACGUCGCUCGGAACCCGUGGGACGUUUGCUGGUCUUCGUAUUGUCUCGCCAUGAAGCUGCGUGAACUGAGUGAGCGAAUGUCCUUUGAUGACUAUGUGUCCAUGUUUCUCGAUGGGCGUGUCGGUGUUGGCCCGUACUUUGAGCACGUGCAUGCUGGCUACGUGAGAAGAACGGACCCGAACUUUUUCUUUGUGACAUACGAAGAGAUGGUGACGGACUGCGGUGGCGUUGUCCUGCGGCUGGCAGACUUUUUGGAUGGCGACUACGGUGAAUGGCUUCGUAGAAAUCCGGAACUCCUCGGCGAUGUCGUCAGAAAAUGCAGCGUCCCCUAUGUGAGUGCCCUUAUAAGUAUUCCCAAGGAGCAGUUCAUUAAGAUGGUAUUCACGAACCCGAAUGUCUCGCAGGAGACUGCUUUGAGAAGGGCGGAAGACAUGGAAGAGACAGUGUCUGCUGUUAGGAAGGCGAAGAUCGGGAACUGGAGAGACGCAUUCAGUAAGGCCGCGCUGAGAAUGACGUUAGAGAAGAUAAACUCAACUCCCAAGGCGGCAUUCGUGCAAGAGCUGUGGAAAGACAUAUUUGCCGAAGUUGUCGAAGCAGCUACGUAGGCCACCAUUGCAAGUAAAGCUUUGACGCUUGUAACGAAGGGCAUAAGUCAAGAAAUUCGAUUUUGCUUGGUUUUUCCACUAAACGGCGGCUGCCUAAUUGCCUCAUUCUCGUGCAACCUUUAUACCCACUCCAUGCGGAAACACCGUACUCAAGAAGACACUUAGCGGAAGAAUUUAAUCACUUUAUGAUAAAUUCAUCUGACAGAUUUCAAAGCGCAUACGGAAUGGAAUAAACACUGUAAACAACAGUGUUUACAACACGGUAAAUAAACACAGGAAACAAGCGAGAACAUCCACUUGUAAUAAAGAAAUUUUUUAGAGGUGAAUGCUCUUUUAAUAUUUUUGUGCACACGGUAUUUCUUCACGUGCCACGUGUAAAUCGCGCAACUCUCUCGAGUAUUCAACCGAAAGGCGGCGACCGCCAGUUCACGCUGCAACAUCGACAAAAACGAUAUUAGUGACAAAAGUGACACUAAACCCACCUAAUCAGGUCCCAGCACUUCGACGAAACAUAAGAGUUCAGAAAAAAAAAAAAGAAUAGCAAGAACGACCGAUCACCUGUCCGGUUGACAAACACAGCGACAAUGCCGGCCCGUUUCCACUAGAAAGCUGGCAUUGAGCGCGAGGAAGAGCCCUGGAAGACGCGGUGCUGCAAUCGAUCUUGCGUAGAAGGUUGGAUCAUGUGACGUCGUUUCGCUGCGCUGAGAACACACGCGGCAAUUUCAUGGCACAAGUUAAUAUGUUUACUUUAUUUUGUAGUGUUCAUAAUCGUGUUCCAUUUUCUCUGAACAGUACUGGCUGUGCUAUUAGAAUAGAAUAAAUGUGGAUCGGCUUUU